GGCUAAUGUGUAUUUACAUUUUAAUGAACUCGGAAACUAGUAAGCAAGAGCAGACAGUCGAAUGAUGUGGUGGCAGACGUCGACGUUGCUGUGUUUAUAGUUUUGCUGCUAGCAGUUUUGUGUAUCCAGAGUGCUUCGCUGUUGUUUUUUGUCGCUGGAGAGGUCAAAAGUCCAACUAGCUGAUUAUAUAAUCACGAUACGAUGGCCCCAAAGGAACCUUCCCCGCUGGUAAAGCUGUACCUAAUCCUGUAUAAUGGGGGUCAAGUUCUAGGAUGGUCCUACAUGUUCUACCAGCUACUGGCCUAUUACACAUUCGACAAAGGAAAUGGUCAACCGCUGUGGGACUAUCUUGGAACUACCGUUAUCAUUUUCCAAAAUGCCGCCGUACUUGAGAUUUUGCACGCCGCGACGCGAAUCGUGCCAAGCAAUCCAGUCAUCACGACGUUCCAAGUGUUUUCGCGAGUCAUGGUCGUCUGCGGAGUUGUCAUGGCAACUCCAACCGGAAAGACUUCGCCCGGACUGCCGCUAGCCCUGCUCGCUUGGACGAUUACGGAAAUCAUCCGCUAUGGCUACUACGCUCUCAAUCUAGUCAACUCCGUUCCACAUUUCGUGAUCUUCCUACGGUACACUACCUUCAUCGUACUCUACCCGAUCGGAGUAACCGGAGAGUUGCUGUGCUUCUACUGGGCGCAGAGCUACGUGCGCGAAUCCAAGCAGUGGAGCAUCGAAAUGCCGAAUCCUUACAACUUCACCUUCUCCUACUUUUACUUCCUGUGGCUGAUCAUGCUGCUCUACAUCCCGCUAUUCCCUCAGAUGUACCUGCACAUGUUUGCCCAGCGGAGGAAAAUUCUGGGUGGUGGAAGCAAACCGAAGGUUAAAUAAACUUCAGUAGUUUCAACUACUCCAUUCCCAAUGCACCCCUAGCAUAAGUUAUUUUCUUUUCUAUUCGGUUUAAGGGCAUCACUAGAGAUUGAUAGAACAUACUCCUAUUUCUUUUGACCACGCUUGAAGUCCGAGCUUGCUUUGGUAUUUAUUGCUCAAAAAUGACAUUCUCACAUCAGCUUCCAAAAGCAUGACUGGUGAAGGACCGUUAGACUUAAUAAAAUAAUAUUAGAAAACCCACUUUAA